AUGACCAAGCCUUGGGGUGAGAGGGGAAGCAGCGAGCCGGCAGCUCGCGGCCUCCACGGGGUUCUGGUAAACGGGGCUGCGAGCAUCGCUGCCGGCGUGGGACAGGGCCACCCUGUGACAUCCCAAGACGCUGCGCUGCUGGCAGAGGUGCCCGAGGACAUCCUCUGCUUCUCCCGCUCCUUUGAGGACCUCACCUGCUUCUGGGAUGAGGAGGAGGAGGAGGCAGCAAGCGGGAUGUGCCACUUCUACUACUGGGACAAGCCCACAGCGUGCACAGUUUCCACGUGGCACCACGGGGCUGGCGGGACACGGCACGUCUGCAUCUUUGACGUGCGGCUCUUCACCCAGCUCCACCUCCACGUCCUGAAUGCCACCACCAACCAGACCAAGUACCGGCGGGAGCUCAAUGUGGACGCGGUGGGAGACAUCGGGCUGCGCUGCAGCACCCCUGACCUGCAGCACAUGCGCUGCGAGUGGAGCUUGGACCCCGCAGAGCCCCACAGUUCCCAGCAGCUCUUCUACCGGCCAUCUCCAAGCGGGGCUGGCAUGAGGGAAGAUGCAUGGCAGCAGUGCAAGAAGGGGAGUGUGGAGGAGCAGGUCACCAACACCUGCACCUUCCAGCCUAAAGCUGGCAGUGCCAUCUCCAUCCUGGUGAACAUCACUCAGCCUCACGUGCUGGCCACGCUCAGCUACUUCAAGGAGCCCUUCUGGCUGCACCAGGCGGUGCUCACAGAUGCCCCGCAGCUUGUGCAGGCGACAGUGUCACAGGGCCGGUCCCUGCGUUGGCUGCCACCACGGGAGGCACUGGCGGAGCAGCUGGUCUACAAGGUCCGCUAUGCUGUAGAGAACAGCCACGACUGGAAGGUUCUGCACAUCCCACGCGCAGCCAGGAAAGAAGUCCUGGACCUACGGCCAGGCGCCCGCUACCAUGCCCAGGUGCGGGCCCAGCCCAGCGGGCCGUGGUACCAGGGCAGCUGGAGCGCCUGGUCCAAACCUGUCGUGGUUGAUGCCAUGGCCGAUGCGGGGAAGGGACAGGGCAGGGGGGGGGGGUCUGGGGAGUCCCAGCAUUCCUCCUCCGGUGCAGGCUGGAUCAUCCCCAGUGUUACGGUGGUGCCGCUGCUCUUAACAGGAGUGCUCCUGGGGCUGCGGUGCACCUUCCCCUCCCUCUACAGCAACGUGAAGCAGAAGCUCUGGCCCCCCGUCCCCGACCUGCACCGUGUGCUGGGCAACUUCCUCCACGAGUGCGGCAAGCACGGCCAG